AAAGAACUUGCACAUCAACUCUCACUAUGAGCAGCUGACUCUGGCGAGCUACCAAACGGGGAACACACUACAGGCUCGGCCACUGGAAAUCCGCUCUUGCUGAUUUUUUUCUAUAUAUCAGCCAUGUCUGCUAAUAACAACCACCCUCAGAAGAACACCGGCGCUCCUUCCCCUUUUGGAAACUCCAUGUCCGGGAAUCCUUCGGCCCAGCAACAACUGGGACCUGGCUUCCCUGGCCAGUUCCAGUUUUCUGAAGCACAAGUCCAAGCCCUCGCCCAGGCCCAGUCCAAAGCUCAAGCACAGGCCCAGGCCCAGGCCCACGCCCACGCACAAAUGAUGGCGGCCCACGCGCAGAUGCAGGCCCAACUGCAAGCCGCUCAGGGGCUCUCGUUCAACCAGGGCCUUCCUGGUGGGAUCCCCAAUCUUGGCUCCCAGUCCCCAUCCGUCUCAGCUGCCGGGAAUCCCAGCGCCAAGCGGUUCCCACAAAAACCACCUGUCCGCCCCCCGAAUUACCCGACUCCCAACAUGGCCUCACCAAUGAGGAUGAUGGAUGCCUCCCCUGCCGCUCGCCGGAAAAAGCAGAAGCUUCCAGAAAAACAGCUCCAGGAGCGAGUUGCGGCCAUCUUGCCCGAGUCAGCUCUAUACACUCAGCUCCUCGAGUUUGAAUCCCGCGUGGAUGCUGCCCUCACCCGGAAAAAGAUCGACAUCCAAGAGGCCCUAAAGACACCAUCUUAUAUCCAGAAAACCCUCCGGAUUUAUGUGUUCAAUACUUUUGCUAACCAAAUCCGCACGGUCCCAAAGAAGCCAAACGCCGAGCCUCCCACGUGGACCCUCAAGAUCGUAGGGCGGCUCUUGGAGGAGGGUGUGGAUCCUGACCAGGCGGCGGGUCCUGCCAUGGCACAGAAGCAGAACCCGAUUUACCCGAAAUUCUCAUCAUUCUUUAAGCGGGUCACGAUCACACUUGACCAAAAGGUUUAUCCGGACAACCACCUGAUCAUAUGGGACGGGGCCCGAUCGCCCGCCCCUCACGAGGGGUUUGAGGUGAAACGAAAGGGGGAUCAAGAGUUCACUGCCAGCAUAAGGCUGGAGAUGAAUUACACUCCUGAGAAGUUCAAGCUCUCAGCAGCCCUGACUGAUCUUCUGGGUAUUGAAGUCGAAACUCGUGCGCGAAUCAUGGCGGGAGUUUGGCAUUAUGUGAAGGCUCGAAAACUCCAGUGCCCGGAUGACCCUUCAUCUUUCAACUGUGAUCCUCCACUCCAGAAGGUGUUUGGGGAAAGUAAAAUCAAAUUCACAGCUGUCACGCAGAAAAUCACGUCCCACCUUUUCCCUCCUCAGCCAAUACAUUUGGAGCACAGGAUUAAGCUCCAGGGAAAUAGCCCGGUUGGGUCCGCUUGCUAUGAUGUUCAGGUGGAUGUCCCGUUUCCUAUACAGAGGGAAUUGAAUGUUUUGCUGGCAAAUACCGAGAAGACGAAGGAAAUCGAUGCGUGUGAUGAGGCGAUCUGCGCCGCCAUAAGAAAGAUACACGAGCACAGGCGGAGGAGGGCUUUCUUUCUCGGAUUUAGUCAGUCACCAGUUGAGUUUAUUAAUGCCCUGAUAGAUUCGCAGAAUAAGGAUCUGAAGGCGGUUGCUGGGGAGACUAGCCGUAAUGCGGAGAAAGAGCGCCAUUCGGAAUUCUUCAACCAGCCGUGGGUUGAGGAUGCUGUUAUUCGCUACCUUAACAGAAAGCUGCCGGCUGCAGAUGCCUCUGGGAACACAUGAUUUGGUGGGGAAAGUAAAACCUUGCUAAGUGCAAUAAUUUAAUCAACUUAUCGUGUUCUUUAGAGAACCAUCUAGGACAUGGAUUUUCGAGUGCAGGAUUCAUGCGGUUUGUCUCGACAAGUGCUGGAGGAAGGAGCUAUAGUCAGUCCCUGUAGAAGCAGACUUUGAAAGCUGUUAUAGCACAAAGGCCCCAGUACAUGUGCUAAUUGUAAUGCUGCUGUAUUGUAUUUACAUCGCUUGGCAAGUAUAAGACUUCACAGUUUGCCCCAUAACAAGAUUUGGUUUUGUGUAUUUCUGUGAUUCAUCGGGGAGGCAUAUGUAUGAAUAGGGAUGAAAUUUUCAGAUUUGACAAGUUUUCAGUUAUUGUGUUCGUGUCAAUUUGCCUGAGCCCUGAUUGGUUAAAGUUUCCACUGUUCAGAUUUGGUGCAGGGAAAAUGUAACUUCAGUUGAAUGGAUGAAUUUACAUCUCACAUUAAAAAAUUGUUUUAGAAUUAAUUCAUGAUUAGUACAGAGAACAUGAAUUACAUUCGUGCGGCGUGGCAUUUAUAAAUAUUUUACUAAAAGUGAAUAGGGAACGAAAAGUGUGCUUUACACUUGAUUUGCUAUUUACCUAAUAAUUAUAUUUAUUUGCAUAUUAACAAAAAAAUAUUUUUAAUUUUAUUUAUAAUGACUUUUACUGUUUAUAAAUGGUUGAUUUAUGGUUUAUUUUUAUCCAGAUUAUAUAUAUUUUAGGUUUACAUCGUUUAUGAAUGAUUUGUAUAUAAUUUAUUUUCAAUGUAUGGAA